AUGUCAGCAAACGAUGGUCAAACGUUGAUAGAUCUCGAGAAUGAUACUGAAACCACAAUCGUAAAAUUUCACAAUCGAUCGGUUCGACAGAUUCCCAUGUCCCCAAUGCCCGGAGCAAUGCCAAUGCCAGGAGCGAUGCCGAUUCCUGGACCCAUUCCCAUGAAUGUACCAGGGCGUCCGUAUUAUCCGCCUUAUAUGGGACAACAACAGUACAUGGGGCCACCGAUGGCUAGACCCAUUCCCAUGAUGCCAAUGAUGCCCCAGGCGGGUCCAGGUAUUCCGAUGGGAGGAGGUGUUGGUGGUAUGGGUGGGACUAGCAUUAUUGUCGAACCCCUGGUAAUCCUACCGAUGGGUAUUGGUGGAGCAACCGGGUCGGGAGUUAAUCCCAAUCAAUAUUACGGGGCAAAUGGUGCGUAUCCCAGCUACAACAACUACAAUCCCUACAACACGUACACUACAGCACGACCAAACUAUGACUAUAACAAUUAUAACAACAACAAUAAUAAUAACAACAAUAAUUACAAUAAUAAUACUGGUACUAACAACAAUUACAACGAUUACAACUCUUAUGGUUAG